UCAAUUCAAUUCCUUCGUUCACCGAGACAAGAGCAAAAACUUUCCUCUCACUUAAAGAAAAGUAUCGCUAGUUAUUAACUGAAAUUCCUAAAUUACCCUCACUAAUCUUCCAUAUCAACAUACAAAAACUAUUUUUUCAGGUAUAAAAUUAUAAUUUCCAAAUAAACAUGUCAUGAAAAAGAGCCACGGCUAGUGGUAGUAGGCUACGGCUGUUAUUAUACUUACAUACGACACUGCGUUUUGGGUCCCAAAAGGGUCGGCAGUCCACGCUGGAGUUAUUCCUCUUUACUUUUUUUUUUAAUUUCCAAUUUUGACCCUCUCAUCGUUUUGAGACCCAAACCCAAACCCUCUGUUCUUUUCUUUUUCGUUAAUUGAAAGGAAGAUUUCUUUUUCAUUUUUUUGGUUCAUUACUUGAUUUUGAUCUGUAUAAUAAUUCUGUAAAUAUAUAUAAAUAUAUAAAAAGAAAUCGGGAUCGGAACCCUAAUUUGUGAUUUUGGGAUCUGGAGAUUCCGAUGGCUGAUCGGGAGGAGGAGGAUCUUAAAAUGGCUAUGCGGAUGAGUAUGCAGAAUUCGCCGCCGGAACCUAAGCGGAGUAAGCCUAGGGACGUACCUGAUGGAAUUCCGACCGAUGAGUCACCGGAGAUCAAGAGCCGCCGGAUUCAGCGAGAACUCAUGGCUGCCGCUGCCGAGAAGCGAAUGUUAGCCUUCAAGAAAGAUUCGCCUCCUCCGGCUUCUUCACCGGUACCGGUUUCUGCUGGCUCUGUGAUGGUACCUAUUAUGGGUUCGGAUUCGGUUCCGGGGUCCAUUUCUGUCAAGAAAGAGAAGGAAAUUAGCGUUGGGGAUUUGAAUUUGGGGAAGGAGCUAACGGAAGCUGAAGCGAACCAGCUGUUUUCGAUGGUGUUUGGAGCUGGAGUCUCCAAGGGUAUUCUUUCGCAGUGGAGUAAUCAGGGUAUAAGGUUUAGCCCUGAUCCAGAGACAUCUAUGGGUCUGGUGCAGCAUGAAGGUGGGCCUUGUGGUGUCUUAGCAGCCAUUCAAGCUUUUGUUCUCAAAUACCUUCUUUUCUUCCCAGAAGAAAUAGGUAAUGCAGAACAGAAUCUGUCUGCUUCAAGGAGAUUAGCUAAUAGUCAACUUGUUGCAUCAAACGAUUUUUCUUCUCUUUCCGAAGAUGAAAAAUCAAGAGCCCUGAUUAGAAGUAUGUGUGAGAUAUUGUUCGUAUGUGGAAGUAAUAAAAGGGCGGUUAUUGCAACUUUGAGUAUUGUUGGACAUAACAUUGAAGAAUCUGAAGGCAAUUUGACGGAUGAGAACAUGGCAAAAGUGCUUGAGGAUCUUUCAAUUGAAUCAGCUUUAGACUUGCGGAAAGUGUUGAGAGUUAAUACUUAUACAUUGCAAGCAAAUGCACUUCAAAAGCUUGAAGCAAUGGUUCCUGUAUUCCGGAGUCGAAUGGGUGCCUUGCUAUUCCUUCUUUCAGCUUUACUUUCUCGAGGACUGGAUUCUGUUCAAGCUGACAGGGAUGACCCCAGCUUACCUUUGGUUACUGCUCCCUUUGGACAUGCCUCUCAGGAAAUUGUGAACCUGCUGCUAUGCGGUCAGGCAGUCCCCAAUGUGUUUGAUGGAAGGAUGGAUUUAGGUGGUGGCAUGUUCUUAAAGGGCAUAUCUAGAACCGUGGAAGUUGGUUUCCUCACUCUGCUGGAAUCCCUAAAUUUCUGUAAAGUUGGUCAAAAUCUGAAGUGUCCGAAAUGGCCGAUAUGGGUUAUUGGGAGUGAGUCCCAUUAUACAGUUGUAUUUGCUCUUGAUACUUCUGUCCAAGAUGAGAAUGAAUUGGAAGAAAGGGAAUCACAAAUUCGAAAAGCUUUUGAUGCACAGGAUCAGAGUGGAGGUGGUGGUUUCAUUAGUGUGGAAGGCUUUCACCAAGUUCUCAGGGAUACAAACACAAGACUUCCACCUGAGAAGGUGGACCACCUCUGCAGCACGGGUUUUAUUGUAUGGAGCGAGUUCUGGCAGGUAAUUUUAGAUUUGGAUAAAAGUAUGGGAGGCUUGAAGGAUUCAACAGGUUUAAUGGGUAAGAAGGUUUUCGAGCUUUAUCAUUUUAAUGGGAUAGCAAAAUCAGAUUUGAAUGGUAGCCAAUUGAUUUCUAGAGAGACUCCAGUCCAAAGGCCUAGACUGACCAAAUUGAGGGUCUCAGUUCCCCCUAGGUGGACUCCCGAGGAGUACAUGGCUGAUGUGGCAGUGUCCUCUAGUUCAGGUGGAAAUGAAUCCAAAGGGAAAGAAAAUGAAGUGACGAAACCCGAGCCUCCUCAGCAUGCUCCUUUAGUGGACUGCAUAAGAACACGUUGGCCCCGUUCUGUAUGCAAUUGGGCAGGGGAUCCACCUAGCAUAGUCUGAAACUAUUUUGGUGUCUGUUUUCUAGGAUGCUCUUUGUUCAUACGAACAAGCAUAGGUGAAGCAGCAAGGAAAUGGGCUCGUGCUGUUUUCGAGCCUCGGGACACUCCAGCACAUGAAUAGGGUGAAACUUUUCAAAAGUUGUGUACAUUGUUGCUUCACUCAGUUCGAUUUUGAUUGAUAUGUCUUUCUUCAACUGUUUAAAAGUGAGGAUAUUCUGUAAUAUUGUUGUCUGUUGGAAAGUGUAAAAUCAAUUCAUAAAUGAACUCUUCUUCUGUUGUGGUUUAGGAAAAGAUUAGUUACUUGGGAAUGUGUAAUAAACAUCGAGUCCGUUUUGGCAUAUUACAAUUGUUGUAGAAGUAGUAGUGUAGUAGUAGAGUUUCACCUAUAUGGUGUUGAAAUUUGAAUAGUGAAGUCAUUUUAUUAGGUGUGAUAUGGCAGAUAUUACAUCCUUGAUCUUUGAUCCUUGACCAAAAAAAUAUGGUCACCAUUGUUGUAAUCACUAUCAUUGUUAUUUUUCAACUUUGUUCCCAUGAGUUUAGUAUAUCACAUUAUCACCUUUUCUUUUUCCCAA